AUGCGCUCACGCUCCCGCCUGUCGCACGCUCCCCCUCGCACACCCGAAGAUGCUCCCCCAUGUGUAAUUGAAACCAUAUUUCCUCACUGCCUGUCCCCCCUCACCCCUCUAUCCAAACUCACGGAGUCUAUCCCUAACCAGCUGGCUAACGCGCUUGCUGACAAUCACACCACUCUGUCAUCCCCAAUGUCUGCCUCUUUGGGCCCAAAGCCCAAACCAUCCCCUCACUCUACCUCACCCCCAUUGCCAGCCCAUGCUUCCCGCACACACUUGCCAACCAGCUCAUCAUCCGGCUCCUCCUCCAAUGCAUACGACCCUGCAUACAGCCACUUCCCAACCACAAUGGACUGCACUUGCCCCACAAUUGCGACAGUUCUCCACCCAUCUCUCAAGCAAGCCCCAAUUCUCACCCCCAGUAAGCUCACUCCAGCGAUCCUCCUCAAAUGGGAGGCCGGCUGUCUUCAGUAUUUCAAGAAGAAGAACAUCGCCAAUACCGACCAUGUCACCAAAGUGACCGGUAGCUUGCAAGAUGAACUGAUCCAAGACUGGUACCUCAGCAAUGCAGAUGAGAUCGAGGCAAUGAGAUGGCCCAAUUUUCUCGCGACCAUGCACUCCCGUUGGCUUGAGAAGAACUGGGAGGAUAAGAUGCUCACUGAACUCAUCCGCAUGCGCCAACGCGACGAUGACUGCUUCGAACACUGGGUCGUCAACCUCCAGAAGCAGAAUGCCCUUCUCCGCAGAAGUUCCCUCCACAUGGAAGAUGACAGUCUUCACACACAGAUCACUGCCAAUGCAUGCAAAGAGGUUUGCAUCACAUGCAACAAGCUCGCUCUCAAGAACAUCUGCAACUUUAAAGAGUGA